ACGUCAAGUCAUAGAUUACGUCAAAUCAAAAAAUCGGCGAACUUAACCUAAAAUUUCUAAGUAAGAAUAAAAAGUCUAAUUAAAAAAAAUGGCAAAACCGUUUAAAUUAAGCGCGAUUCUUUUUGGACACUCGUUAGAUGUUCGUUCAAUAGCUGUUACUCCAGAGAACUCGAUUAUAAGCGGCUCUAGAGACAAAACUGCAAAAUUGUGGAAUCCUAAUGGAAUAAAUCCCGGUUACACCGAGGCUCUUACUUAUAGGGAUCAUAAAAAUUUUGUAGCUUCAGUUUUAUAUUUAGAACCAAAUGAAUUAUUUCCGACAGGAACUGUUAUUACUGGUGGCAAUGACAGUGCUAUUUUAAUUUAUAAAAUCCAUGAACCUUUCGCAUCAGUAAAAUUGGAAGAACACAAAAAUACUGUUUGUUAUUUAUCAAAAGGCUGUGAAAAGAAUACAUUUCUUAGUUCAUCUUGGGAUAAUACUGCAAAAUUGUGGUCUAUAAACAACCUACCAAACUCAUUAGUAACAUUCACUGGACACACUGCUGCUGUUUGGGCAGUUAUUCAGUUACCCAAUACAAAUAUAGUUACAGCUUCUGCAGACAAAAACAUAACGAUAUUCUCCAAAGAUGGUCAUAGGAUACAAAUUCUUCACGGUCAUACAGAUUGUGUUAGAAAUUUAGUAGACUUACCAGAUUUACAAUUUUUUGUCAGUGUAGCCAAUGAUGCAACAAUUAGAGUUUGGAGUUAUAAUGGGAAAAAUUUGCAAACAUAUUAUGGACACACUAAUUACAUAUAUGGCAUUGCUAGAAAUGAAGCAGAUGGUCCAAAUGCUAUUGUUACAUCAGAUGAAGAUAGAACAAUACGAUACUGGAAAGAUGGUGAAAAUAUCCAAACUUUCCAAUUACCUGCACAGUCUGUUUGGUGUGUAGAAUGUCUAAGCAAUGGCGAUAUUGUUACUGGAUCGAGUGAUGGUGUUGUAAGAGUUUUUACCCAACAUGAGAGCCGUUAUGCGUCUGAAGAAACCUUAAAAGCUUUUGAAGAGGAAGUUAACGCUUUAUCAAAGCAAGCCACUCAAGAAAUAGGAGGUUAUAAAGUUUCAGAUUUGCCAGGUUGCGAAGCUCUAUAUGAACCCGGUAAGCAUGCUGGGCAAAUGAAGAUGAUUCGAGAAGUUAAUGGAGUAGUUGCCUACACAUGGGUUGACGAAGGUGAAAAUAGUCACUGGGAAAAAGUGGGCGAAGUUUUGGGUGGCGUUGACAAAGCCAACGAAGGGAAAACAUUGCAUGAAGGAAAAUACUACGAUUUCGUAUUUUCUGUAGACGUUGAAGACGGUAAGCCACCCCUUAAGUUACCGUAUAAUAAAGGAGAAGACCCCUAUGUAACAGCACACGCAUUUUUGCAAAAAAAUAUGUUGCCUGCAGAUUAUUUGGAACAGGUGGUCAAUUUUAUUUUACAAAACAGCCAAAGUGCAAGUAACAAUAUACCGGUAAACUCUGAAUAUAUAGAUCCAUUCACGGGUGCAUCGAGAUACACGCCUAGUGGGGGUAAACCGAGUAAUGCAAGCAGUAUUCCUACAAAUAAUGGAGCGAAUUUAGAUCCUUUUACUGGAGCAAAUAGUUACAACACUGGUAGUACUAACCAAAUAAGUGUUCCAAAAACGAAUCUUUUUCCUCAAACUACAUACAGAUUAUUUGAAAUGGGUGACCCAAAUUUAAUUUUAGCUAAAUUAAAGGAAUUUAAUGGCAAACUCAGCGAGGGCCAAGGAAAACUUGAUGAAUCUGUUUUCGAAGGCAUUAUUAAAAUGUGCAAUGGUCCAUUUAUUGAUCCUAAAUAUCUAGAACUGUUAUUUGAACUUUUAAAUUGGAAUGAUGAAAUAAUUUUUCCUGUUAUUGAUGUCAUACGAUUAGCCGUAAGAAAUGAAACAAACAACAAAUAUAUAUGUACCAGCCAUGGCGGUAUUAUAAUAGAAAAACUUAAACGUUUCAUUUCUCCAGAAUGUAAAAUUGCCAAUAACACAUUAGUGUCAUUUAGAGCUCUAUGUAAUUUUUUCGCUCAUUCUUUUGGUGAGAAUUUAAUUUUUCACAAUAGAACUGAAAUAUUAGAAAAUAUCACCGGCUUAAAUGUUGGCAAUAAAAAUUCACAGAUAGCGCUAGCGACUCUCUUACUGAAUUUAACCGUACUCUGCUUGAAGAAAAGCGACGAAUUCGGCAUAUUGAUUCUUGCAAAUGUAUUGCCCGAUAUGAUUAAUUUAUUAGACGAUAAUGAAGCUCAGUUCAGGGCAUAUGUUGCACUUGGAACGAUGCUGAGCUCAGGCUCAUCUGAACAAGCAAACGCUGUCCGACAGAAAGUGUUGGAGGAUGAUAAAUUCAUGGAAAGAUUGAACGAUCAUGCAAGUCAAUACUCAAAUGAAAUAGAACUUAAAAGAAAGAAUUGCGCUUCUCAAGUUCAAAAUAAAUUAUUGGGUUAAAUAAACAAUCCAUUAUUAUUUAUUGUAAGAAAAAAUGUUAAAUUUUAACUUUUUUAAUUGAAUUAAAUAAACCCAACAAUAAUGAGGGAUAA